CACGUGUGACCCUUACCCCACUAAAUCCAUACCUUUCCUCUUCCAUCCACCGGAGCCCCAAAAUCGGUAUUUUCUCAGCGUCCCAAAUUCCAGACCUAACUUCACCCAAACGUCACCUCACACACUGUACGGACCGGAAAAUGGUCUCCGACGCGGACCUCGUCAGCCGCCUCAGGGAGUUCCUCAGCACGUCGGACCUCAACACCACCACCAACGCCACCGUCCGCCGCCAACUCGAGGCGGACUUCGGUAUCGAUUUGUCCGAUAGAAAGGCCUUUCUCCGUGAACAGAUUAAUCUUUACCUUGAGCAAGCUCAGGCGCAAAAUGCGGUGAAGGAAGAGGAGGAGCGGCCUGUGGAGGAGAGUGUCCGCGGUGGAGAACAGGAAGACGAGAAGGAAUCGGCCGCGGCCGCGGAGAAUGAGGUGGAGGAAGGAGAAGAAGAGUCUGAGGAAACGGAAGAAGAGGAGGCGGAGUUGAAAAAAACUAGUAACGGAAGGAAAGCUGCAAAGAAAAGGUCCAAGAAGCAGAAUAAAGAGGUCAGUAGGAGAGGUGGUGGAUUUACCAAACUAUGUGGUCUUUCUUCCCAACUUCAGAAGUUCACCGGGGUACCGCAAAUGGCAAGAACUCAGGUGGUAAAGCAACUGUGGAACUAUAUUCGGGAAAAUAAUUUGCAAGACCCAUCUAAUAAGCGGAAUAUAAAUUGUGAUGAUACAUUGCGUGAACUUUUUGAGGUGGAUGCCAUAGACAUGUUUCAAAUGAACAAGGCCCUAUCAAAGCAUAUUUUUCAGUUGGACUCUGAUGGGGCUUCUGUGUCAGUUAAUUCAACAGAAUCAACACCAAAGGAAAAGAAACGGAAGAAAGAGAGUGAUGAAGAUUCAGAUGAGCCAAAGGGUGGGGAAAAGCGGCAGAAGGGAGGGAUUCUUGCUCCACUUCGACUCUCUGAUGCUUUAGCGGAGUUCCUUGGUACUGGUGAAAGUGAAUUGCCUAGGUCCAAUGUUAUCAAGAGAAUAUGGGAUUACAUUAAGCAAAACAACUUGCAGGAUCCAUCUGAUAGGAGAAGAAUAAUAUGUGAUGAGAAGCUGAAGGAGCUCUUUAAUGUCGACACUUUCAAUGGAUUUUCGGUCUCAAAACUCCUAACUAGUCACUUUAUAAAGACGUAGCAGUGAGCUGUUGGACUGUCCUCAAUGGAUCUUGGAAUUUUGCGUGGAGUUCAAACUGCAACACUAACUGUUUUUUGGUAAUCUCAUGUAAUUUAUUACUACGAAUAGUGUUGGUUGGAUGUGGGAAGAGGGGGGGUCUGGUGAGGGGGAGAUAAAGAACUCCUUUCAGUUCUACUGUCUUCCUCUGUUUUUCAAGUUUGUUUUCUAAUAUAGAUUCAUCCUUUGGAAAACAAUGCGGCAAUACUUACACGCCUUAUUUUUUUACUUUGCUAAUGUAUUAUAUUAUCAUACACCUGUAAAUUUUACGAGAUAUAUGGAAGCUGAAUAUGGCAAACA